ACGGUCCUCGGAACAAAUCCAGCCCAAACUCGACGAGACCCCACCACCAUGGCUGCCGACGCGCCCACUACGCGCAAAUGCUCUGGCAAUGACUGCGAAAACGAUGCGGGCCAGCUCCAAUGUCCAAACUGCCAGAAAAUAGGCAAAGAGAGCUAUUUCUGCUCUCAAGACUGCUUCAAGCGCAACUGGAGUGAGCACAAGAAAGCCCACAAGUCACAGAACGCCACCGGCCAAUUCAACCCCUUCCCCACCUACCCUUUCACGGGAAGCCUGCGGCCUGUAUACCCUCUGUCUCCGAGGCGUGAGAUUCCCGAAGGCAUAAAACUUCCCGACUACGCAAAGGAUGGCAUCCCGCGCUCCGAACAGGUCUUUGUUGGCAGAAACAAAAUCACCGUUCUGGACAAGAAGCAGCAGGACGCGAUGCGCAAAGUGUGUAGGUAUGCGCGAGAGGUUCUGGACAUUGCUGCACGAGCCGCAAAACCAGGCGUCACGACGGACCACAUUGACGAUGUUGUUCACAAAGCCUGCAUCGAACGGAAUUCUUACCCUUCUCCUUUGAACUAUUGCCACUUCCCCAAGUCAGUGUGCACAUCACCCAACGAAGUCAUCUGCCACGGCAUUCCCGAUCAACGUGUUCUUGUUGAUGGAGAUAUUCUCAACAUCGACAUUUCCCUAUACCAUGGCGGUUUCCAUGCCGAUCUAAACGAAACAUAUUACAUUGGCGAUAAAGCCUUGGCAGACGCUGACACGGUUCGUGUCGUAGAAACUGCACGCGAGUGCUUAGACAAAGCUAUUGAGAUUGUAAAGCCCGGUAUGCUCUUUAGAGACCCAGGCAACGUCAUUGAGAAACACGCAAAGAGCCGGGACUGCAGCGUGAUCAAGACGUACUGUGGACACGGCGUUAAUCAGCUUUUCCACUGCGCUCCCAAUGUUCCCCAUUACGCGAAGAACAAGGCCACUGGUCAAGCGAAGCCAGGUGUUUGCUUCACGAUUGAGCCUAUGAUUGCUCUUGGCACGUACAGAGAUCAAACUUGGCCAGACGACUGGACCAGUGUCACCAGAGACGGGAAGCGCACUGCACAAUUCGAACACACUUUGCUUGUGACGGAAGAUGGAGUAGAGAUUCUUACUGCCAGGCUACCCGACUCCCCGGGCGGGCCUGUUCCUAUGCCCGCGACCGGAGGUGGAGAAUCUGCACCAGCCGUCAGUGCAACCUGA